AUGUCCUGCAUGAUGUUACACACCUUUUGUUACGCUUGUACGGCCAAUGAAUCGGGAUCUCCUGCCGCUUUCCCAAUUUUCCACGAGGCGCGAGUGAUUGGUCCUUCCGCACGGAUUUACCGAAACACCCCCAAAACGGCAACCCGUCGUCGUCGUGGUGCUGCCGGGGCCCCGCCGUUAGCCGCGAGAGAUCGCGAGAAGGGAGCUUGGGGGGAUCGGCAGGAGGAUCGGCCUGUUCGUACGCGAUCAGCACCGAUCCCUGGUACGCCGCUUGCUGGCGGCCCAGUGAGAUGGAAGAAAAAGUCCUCUGCCCGAUUCUCCGAAUAUCUGUUCGCCAAGAUGGGCGGGCAGGACGUCUCGGCCUCUCAGGGUCCCCGCAAGGUGACCGCCGACACCAGAAAGUGGAUGCGAGAGAACCUGCUGCUCCUGGUCACCCUAUCCGGCGUACUUUUUGGCAUAAUUCUCGGAUUUGGCUUGCGACCUCUGGAUCUUGGGGAUGACGCGGUGAUGUUGAUAAGCUAUCCAGGAGAGCUCUUCAUGAGAUUGCUAAAGCUAAUGAUUUUACCUCUGGUGAUCGCCAGCCUCAUAUCAGGUUCAGCGAGCUUAAACGCCAGGAUGAACGGAAUGAUCGCCGUUCGUACCUUGGUGUAUUUCAUACUGACGUCCUUGCUCAACGCAGUGCUUGGCGUGGCCCUGGUCCUCGUUAUUCAUCCCGGUAAUCCCGGCAUCAGGGAAUCGAUUGGGACCUCGCAUCACGCGAGAGCCGUUAACAUACUAGACAGCUUGCUCGACCUGGGAAGGAACAUGUUUCCGGACAAUUUGUUUCAAGCGGCUUUCCAACAAGCGCAUACGGUUUACGUCCCGAAAAAGCAACCGUUUCAAAACGUUACCGAUCAACUACCAACGGAAGUUCUGGGAGACGAGGAAUUGAUGAGAGUAAUACAGUACAGGAGUGGUACGAACACUCUGGGCAUAGUUUUUUUCUGCCUAGUUUUCGGUACGUUUCUGGGAACACUUGGUGAGAAAGGUCAAGUCGUCAUAGAUUUCUUCAAGGCUGUGUUCGAGGUCAUCAUGCGAAUGGUCUCAACUGUUAUGUGGAUGACACCAAUCGGCAUCACCUCCGUAAUAGCGGGCAAAAUACUCGGUGUGGACGACCUGGUACUGGUGAUGUCGCAACUGGCGUGGUUCAUCGUCACGAUCGCGAUCGGUGUCUUUUUCUAUCAGCUGGUGAUCAUGCAGCUGAUAUAUGCGGCCUUCGUUAGAAAGAACCCCUUUAAAUUCUACGCCGGCCUGGCCCAGGGUACCCUCACCGCCUUCGCCAUGGCAUCAACGGCUGCCGCACUUCCUGUGACUUUUCGUCUGAUGACCGAGAAGCUCAGAGUCGACCCUAGAGUCACCAGGUUCGUUCUGCCGAUCGGUUGCAAUAUCAACAUGGAUGGUACCGCGCUCUUCGUCGCCGUCGCCAGCAUAUUCAUCGCUCAGAUGAAUGGUAUCUUCCUAGGCUUCGGGGAGAUCAUCACCGUUAUUCUGACGUCCACUGCUGCUUCCGUCUCGUCGGCCUCGGUACCAAGCGCUGCACUCGUCCUAUUGCUGGUCGUCCUAAGCGCCAUUGAUGCUCCUGUUAAUGACGUGUCUCUUUUAUUCGCGAUCGACUGGUUCGUGGAUCGGAUAAGGACUACCAAUAAUAUGCUAGGAGACUGUUACGCCGCUGCAGUUGUCGAGCAACUCUCGAAAAAAGAACUAAUGGCACUGGAUGCAGCAGCCUAUCAAUCGGAGACUGUACUACCAACCACUAUCGCCAAUGGAUGUCUUACCGCCAACAGGGUACCUGAUCCAGAUACCGUUGUCGUCGAGAUGCAAGACGACGCGCGGAUAACCGCGGGGAUCGCCAACUUCGGAAUAUUGCACAUGUCGAGAAGUGUGACGGAGGAGACUGUUUGACUAAUCGUUAAACCCGCGGAAUAAUUUAGGGUUGCGGAAUCUCAUCAGGAAGCAAAUCGACUCUGCCAUCUGCUCGAAUUGUUCAACGAGGAUCAAAAACGUACUCUGCGCCAAAAGCGCGUUCAGUUCCUCUAUUUCCCCUUGUUUUAGCAAUUUUCAAAGUUUAUACAAAGAUCUCUCCCGCAAAGAGUUCUAUACCGGUGAGAUUUCACCGUUAGCUCUUGCGGAAAACACGAUCACCAAUGAACGAAGAUAUUCAAGAGUCAAUACGAAUGAAGAAACGUGUUACGUUGGAGAUGCAGGCACAGCAAUAAGAAUUGAUAUAUGUACUUUGAAACUAUUAACGAUCGAGGCUUCCAAAGGCUCGAGGAAAGCGCGUUUUGUCAAUCGUUACGACGACUAAUAACUACGCUCGACGUUGUACAAACAAAGAGUCGGGAUUAUAAGUCGUUCAACGACCUCCGGAGGGAUCAGACUGGAUUAGUGAAACGUUAAUCCAAUCGACCGACUCACAUUCAAACAAACUGAUAGAUGAUGAUCGUAGAUUAAAUACUUACAGCUAGGAAAUUCCCGAUGACCGACUUGAUUGACAUCUCUAGAAUUGGUGAUCAUUUCUACGAUCGAUUGCGUAAACAGCGUCGAAUGUGGUGCCUUAUUUCAAUGCGCCAACCAAGCAGGCGUGAUGAAAGUAAAAAGUUCUUUGCCUGAGUUCUUUUUCUUCCUUUUUCUUUUUUUUUUUUUUUGUCAAGGAUACCUUCGCGCGAAUGUUCAUCGCGCGUAAAUGUAGAUUCUAAUUCCUGACGCUUCUCGAUGUGACUUAGAACAUCCUAGCUCCGAAUCUAGGGGGUCAGCAUGACGCCGUCAUCAGUGACGCGACGAAUAUGUAGCUUUCUAUCGGAAAUAAAAAAAUUUUUUUACGGUAUUUGGGGGAGGGAGCUUGAUGUGAUAACUGUUAGGUAGUUAUGCGCAUAUUACAUAUCUAGGAUACAAGAAGUACAUUUUAAUUGCCCUACAAUGUUACUAGAGUACAGUUUAGGCUACACUUUAAAGACCAUUCGCUUCGCGUAUCUCGAUUACGUCACUGAUCACAAACCAAAUCGGAGGGAGGGAAACUGAGACAAUUACACGGUAAUAAUAUACGUAUUCAUAACGGAGAUCAAUCACAGGCUCCGCAUUGAAGAUAUAGCAAAGAAGACUUAUAAGCGGGUAGGACUUUAAAUAGAUUUUAAAAGUCAUAUCGAUCUAACUAUCGGACCAUUAAUUGACGGAAACUGAUGUAUAGAAUCUUCCUAUGUGUUCUGCUUUUGAAAGACGAGUGUUUUUGCGAAAGAGUGCUUGUCGAGACAGAAGUUGAAACGUUGGACGCAUUUUGUUAAAGAAAAAAAAAAAAACAAAACAAAAUCGAAGAUUCAAACGAACAUUUGCCAGAUCAUGCCAGAGUUAUCUCAAAUUUCUAAAUGAAAUUUCUCUUCAAUAUGGGAACAAAAGAUACUUGAAAUAACUUUCAAUAACUUAGGUUUUUGUUCAUAGCAAUUACGAAACGUCCAUGAUUCUAUCUCGUUGCACUCUUCUUCGAUUAGUGCUCUCUCUGCCGUAGACUAACAUACCUUCCAAUCUGAUGUUGUCCAGACUGUAGCUUAGAAUAACAAGUUCGUGUUUUUCGAUCGUACAUGGAAGAUUAUACUAACUCUUCUAUGAAUGACAAAAGAGAAUGGAACAUUAAAUAGCGCAGCUCAUUGUCGAGCGCCAACAAGACUGGAUAUACCAUAUGAUAAUACCGUUUUGUUAGACGUAAUAUAAUGGGUAAACGAUUCCUAUAUGGUUUCGCUAAUACUAGGCACUAGAUAGGUAGGUCGAUACGUGUUUCAUCGUAGAGACUGUUUAAAUGUACAAACUGUUCGAGUACAUAGUAUUAUUAUUUUUAGCAAUUAUUAAUGUUUAAUCAUCCGUAUAAAUUGUCAUGCCAUUAUUCAAAUUUUUUUGGAAAGUAAUUCUUUAGAAUAAAUUUGAUCUUGCGCGCAUUUAGGAGGAUCCAUUUUUUUGUUACCGAAGAUGAGUCAAAUUGAAUUAUUUUGAUCUAAAUAUUCAAAGAUGCAUUCCGUAAAAAAAAAAGAUAAUAACAAAAUAGAUCAAAAGAGAAUUAUAAAUUGAACGACUUAUAGUUACGUGAAAACAUAAAACUUGCUAUUUAUAAUAAAUUAUUUUAUUUUAAUUUAAUGAUAAUCAUAUGUUGGUUUUGUUAUUUACGAUUUUUCAAUUUUUUUGUUUAAAAUAUCUUGUCAUUCUUUCAAGUGAUAUAUUGGGUGCUCCUGUUACUCAGUGCGUUUUAUACUCAAAGCAUCAAAAAAGUGGGAUACUAUAGCAGCUGCGAGUGAAAAACGUGUAGAGGAAACAUGGAAUAAACUUAUCAAAAUAAUCCGAAGAAUACAUGUAUACUUAUAAAGCUCAACGUGUUGUAUAACAAAAAGCAGAUUUAUACGUGGGAA